AUGACCAGUCAGUCGCAAGGGAUCCAGCAGCUGCUGCAGGCGGAGAAGUGGGCCACCGAGAAGGUGUCCAAGGCCCGCAAGCGAAAGAACCGAAGGCUGAAGCAGGCCAAAGAAGCAGCUCAGGCUGAAAUUGCACAGUACCGCCUUCAGAGGGAGAAAGAGUUCAAGGCCAAGGAAGCUGAAUCACAUGGCAGUUGCAGCACUGAAGGAGAGACCCAAGAGAAGAUGACCAACCUCCAGACCUAUUUCCAGCAGAACAGAGAGGAAGUCUUGGAUAACCUCUUGGCCUUUGUCUGUGACAUCCAGUCAGAAAUCCAUGAAAACUACCGCAUAAAUGGAUAGGAGAGGAAGAAAGAAGCACCUUUUCCAUGGAUUGGCAUUUUAGAUGUCUUCAUGGAAUAUGAAGCUUUAGCAAAGCUCAAGUUACAUUCUUAAGAAAAGGUGUUAAAUUAUUUCUGUAUGUUAUAUAGUAGGUCCCUUCACUUUUUGGAGAGUAGCAAAUCUAGCUUCUUUGUACACA